AGUGAAGACCGCACGAGAGGGGGCGCACAGCAGCGUGUGAGCGAUGAUGUUUGGAGUGACGACACCACGAAACCAUAGCACAAGAUUACCGAAGCAGAUAGCAAUCGGAUUGAAGCAACAUCCGUCAGAGAAGCCCAGAGCCCACUAAAAGUGCCAGUGCUCGUCCAGACUGUGGUGAUCAAAUCCGGCUUGGAAAUGCUUCAGUUCGGCGGCAGGGUGUGCGUUGUCUCCGCUGUCGUCUGGCUGCUUCUGGCGGGGCUGGCGGCUGCGUCUUCUGAUCUAUUUGACAACCAACUAGGCGACAUCAGUUACUGCAAAAAGCAAUGCCAGAUCACCAUCAAAAACAAAAGUCCAGCUAAAGACUCCAUACUGAAUGCCUGUCACCGUGGUUGUCGUCUCUACUCCAUAUGUCAGUUUGUGAAUGGCAAUGCUGGCUUCAACACCAGCAGGGAGGAGUGUCAAGGAGCAUGCCAGGAAGCAUACAGCAAACUGCUGGAGCAGGAGGCCUGCAGCACUGGCUGUGCCAGCCAGCCCUCCGAACCUGAGAUCAAGAGGAGGAAGCUGAAAGCCAUGGCCCACCGUCCCAAGCCCCCCUCUGUCAUGGACACCGUGUCCAGCUGGUUUAACGACAUCGUCAGCUCUGCUCAGAGCUUCAUCUCCUCUACCUGGACCUUCUACCUGCAGGCCGACGACGGCAAGGUGGUGGUCUUCCAGAGCCAACCAGAGAUUGAGUACACUCUGCCGGAGCUGCAGGCUCCCCGCUCCAAUGUGGCAGACAAACCCUGGCCACAGGUCCACUCCCACACACAGAGACCCCAUGGUGUGAAAGGACAUGGGGAGAAGGGAGCAGCCAAGGCCGGAGGCAAGGGGAAGCACCCAGCAGUCCAGCAACAUACAGAGGACCCCACGGCUGAGCAUGACUUCCUGGGUUGCAUGUCAAGGCGCUCUGGACUGCCUCGUUGGAUCCUGGCUGCCUGUCUCUUCCUGUCCAUCAUGGUGAUGUUGUGGCUCAGCUGUGCCAGCCUGGUCACUGCACCUGAACAACACAUCAAAACAGAGCUGAGCAUCAACGGAGACAAUGAGUUUCUGGAUGACGUCCAGAAGGUCAACCCAUACUACCUGACCCCUGUGAUUGCUGUAGCCAUCGACCAACCAGAGGAGAGCGAGGAAGCUGGACCAUUGCCAGUCAAGGUUGACCUCAACAAGACAUCUCUUUAGGGGACCAAAGGGAUCGGCUCUCUGGUUUCUAGGGUAACCAUUUCGUAAAAAACUCCCUCAGUAAAAGAGGGGAACAGAAACACACCAACACACACACCAGAUUUUUUUAUACACACAUGGCACAAUCCCUUCAAAACAUAUUUGUCCCGUCUGAAUUCUAGUUUCUAUAACAAGUCGGACCAUCAGAUCUUAGCCUGUUGUGCUUAUCUCUGCAUACAAUACCAGUUUUCUAGAUCCCUAGUGUCCGUUGAUAAAUCUCGCCAAGAGUGUGGAGAUCUAGUUGUCACCACCUUCUUGUACCUAUCAUUUUGUAUUUGACAAUGCAGUUGCUGAAGGCUUAUUUAAUGGACAUUGUAACUAUUAAAUGUAACCAUUUAGAUCUGCCUGUGAGGAAGUCAAGGAGAACAUGUGCUCUGAAAGCUUUCCAGGCUUUUGAUGUCGAGGGAUAAAAAAGAAAGGACACACACAGGGAUUCAAAUUGAAGAUGAAUAAAAAUUCUCUUACAUCCUCUCGGAAUUAAUUUGUGACUUGCAGAUAGAGAAAAGGUAUGGAGAUGUUUAAAAUGCUUUGAAAACUAUAUUGUGAACGCUGCAGGAGACAAUGGCUACCACGUUUCACCUUUGAUGAUAAUCACCGAUAUCAGCUGUGUGAAGGAAAUAUCACCUAAAAGAAGCAAAUACACUCCAUAAAUUAUAGAUCUCUGUAGAUCUUACAGAGAAUUCUCAGAUCAGAUGAAACACCCCAUUUCAUUGAAUUCGGACAUUUGGCAAAUAAAGGAAUUGUGCUCAAAUUAUGUUGACUGACACCCUCAGCUAACUGUGUGUGUGUGUGUGUGUGUUUGUGUGAGUGAGAGUGCGCACGGCGUGUGCAUGUGUGUGUGAACAAAAUAAAAACAGUACUUGGUGCUGAAUUAAACUGGAAUUGUCCCGCCCACUCAGAAGGAGAAUUAUUGUAUGUAUUUAUUAAUGACUUUGUGUAUCUAUUCAUGACUUUGUGUAUUUAUUCAGAACCAAUAGCAUAAGGUACCUGUUUACUGGUGUCAGUGAAGUCCCAUGUAAAUACUCAUCUAUCCAAAUCUAUCCUAUUGCUACAACUGUAAUACAACAAUGUACCCCCCUUUUCCAGAGACAUGCAGGAAGACUAAUAUUACUCUAUUAUUGCUAUAUCUCCUUAAGGGUUAGUCUUAUUAGCUCUUAAAUGUACCAUGCGCUUUCUAGUAGUAGACGUUUCUGUAUGCUACACAGGCACAUCAUGAUAGGGAAGACCAAUGGGAUGCUCAAUGCAAGGCUUUUAGAAUAGACCUUUGUUAUCGAGUAACACACUCAAUGAGAUUUCAGUUCUCUCCUCGGUGAUGUUGAUGUCCAGCGAAGUACAUUUUCCUUUUGCCUACUCACUGUGCAUGCUACUACUCUACACCACAUUCAAUGAAACCACCCAUCUCAGUAUGGCAGGAAGCUAAUGUACACUUGUGAUUUUUGUGUUUAUAUUUAAGAAUGUUAGGAUAUUAAUCUCAUGAUUUAAGUUAAGGAAAGAAACAAGAUGGAUAUAUCUAAAAGCCCUUGGAUAUCAGUCCUGGUUCAAGUGAAGGUCACAGCUCCAUGUAGAAUGUGAUGAGAGUUUCAAACUGUAACGGUUCCUUUUUAUCAGUAUGUUUUCAAUGAGAUAAUACAUAACCUCAACAUGAUGAAUAAAGUGUGUUCAUGGUAAAUAUAA